UUGUCAGUAGUAUUAAAAUACACCUCAGAUUAUUUCAAAAUGUGCCCGGGCCACCUCUCUCUUAGCAAGAUGAGCAACCCAAGUCCGAGUCGAACACUUGUAGCGUCAGUCACGGUCUAAGCACGUUUCUAUUGCUCCCGAACCUGAGGCGUUCUAGCACUAUCAGACUGCAUCGAGUCUUUUCAUGUUGUCUACGGCUGUCCGACCGACAACGCGCCUUUUGCGCUUUUGCCAAAACAUUCGAUGCUUCCAGUCGGCAGCAACAACAUCCUCAACUGUUAAUGCAGCUGAGAUUGCCCAUUUUUCUCGGCUUUCCUCACUAUGGUGGAACGAGCAAGGGGAGUUUUCGCUGUUGCAUCGCAUGAACCCUGUAAGGGUGCGCUACAUCCGAGAAAAAAUACUUGAGGCUACAUGCGAAGACCAAGGAGAGGAAGCAAGGAGAGAGUUGGAGUCGAAAUGCGCAGUGUUGACCGGUAUGGACGUGUUGGAUGUGGGUUGUGGAGGUGGUUUGCUCUCAGAGAGUCUCGCUAGGCUGGGAGCACGAACUCUUGGUAUCGAUGCAUCUGAAUCCAACAUUAGGAUAGCUUCGACACAUGCUAGUAGUGAUCCCCAGCUAUCUUCGGGCAAUUCAUUGGAAUACCGUCAUACUUCUGCAGAACAGCUUGUCAAAGAGCCCAAGCGGUUCGACGUCGUAUGCUCGAUGGAAGUUAUCGAACACGUCGAUAACCCGGUGGCGUUCCUUUCUGCCUGUGCUCAGUUGGUCAAACCUGGAGGCCAUCUUUUCCUUUCCACGAUUGCAAGGACGCCACUCUCCUAUUUCAUCACAAUUUUGGCCGCUGAAUAUAUCUUGCGCAAGGUAGCCAUGGGGACCCACACGUACUCAAAGUUCAUUAACCCUUCUGAGCUUAUAUCGUUCUUCCAAACUUAUCGAUCCUCGCCUUCAUCCUCCAGCAAUUUAACGGACUCUGGCUAUAUCAGCUCUGAUGCAUUUUCCAAACCCUGGAUAACACGUACGUAUGCUCAUGGUCUACCCACACGUUCGGAAGCGGACGUACGAGGAAUAGUGUAUAUUCCAUGGAGCGGAGAAUGGAAGUUGAUGUCUCGCUCUUCUACACCCUGGGGUGCUGUGGAAUGUAACUAUUUGUUUUGGAUCAGGAGACCCUUGGAGUCGUAGGAAGAGGUUCACAACCUAAAUACAUGCUGUUACCCAUCCCCUCACACAACGCUGCAAAUUGGUAGGUCACCCUAAGAAACGCGUGUGAUAAUUAAAUAUUUGCCUACAAUCAAUGAGGAGGCAGAGAAAAGCAUGGAUCUAAGACAUCAGCCUCUCCCCCCAGACAAGCCUUUGUCUGUGAGCUGUAUAGGCACCUGCAAUUGCUACCCAAGCAAUCCAUCCAAAUGUUAUGAAGGUUGCA